AUAUUUGCUGGAGCUAGUCCUGGUUGUUUACGAGCUUUAUCAAUGAAAUUUAAGACAACUCAUGUACCUCCUGGUGAUACUCUAGUCCAUAGAGGAGAUGUUCUUACAGCCCUGUUUUUUGUAGCUAGAGGUUCUAUAGAAAUAUUACGUGAUGAUAUAGUUGUAGCUAUUUUAGGUAAAGAUGAUGUAUUUGGAGAGAAUCUAUGUAAACAUGAGACAGUGGGUAAAUCAAGCUGUAAUGUACGUGCCUUGACAUACUGUGAUUUACAUAAAAUACACCGAGAUGAUCUAUUAGAAAUAUUAGAUAUGUAUCCAGAAUUUGCAGAACAUUUUGUGAAAAAUUUAGAAAUAACAUUUGAUUUGAGAGAUGUAAGU